CGUGUGCGGGUAUAGCGGUGUGAGGAGCGCGUCCAGCGUGGCUCAGAAAGUCCGGGAGAAGCCGCGGUACUUCACUCUUCUACUGCCCGAAAAACUCACCAAACAGGAUAUACACCGCGGGGGGGACGUACGGGAGCUCUGAUCUGUGUUUUGGAAACGUGAUUCGGGAUCGAAAAGUGGAUUUUAGGUGCCCGCGGAGGGGGAGACAUGCACACGGCGAGGAGAGCAGCGCAAAUCGGUUUCAGCCUAUGAUCGAGUGACAGAGUAAACGUGACGAGUGGGAUUACGGAGGAGAAGGUGCCAGCCUGGUGGACCAUGGUGCCCAGCGUCUCGCCCACGGUGGUUCUCCUGCUCCUGCUGACCUGCGUGGCGUUUUCCUCCGGCGCCGACAGUUCGCCAGAGUUCAUCAAGAGCCCGGAGGAUCAGACGGGCAUUUCGGGAGGGGUGGCAUCGUUCGUGUGCCAGGCCAAAGGGGAACCCAGACCUCGAAUUACGUGGAUGAAGAAGGGGAAGAAGGUCAGCUCGCAGCGGUUCGAGGUGAUCGAUUUUGACGACGGUUCGGGCUCCGUGCUGCGUAUCCAGCCCCUGCGGACGCACCGAGACGAGGCGGUGUACGAGUGCACGGCCGCCAACAGCGCCGGAGAGAUCAACACCAGCGCCAAACUCACCGUACUGGAGGACAUCCAGGUCCCGUCGGGCUUCCCCGCCAUCGACAUGGGCCCUCAGCUCAAAGUGGUGGAGCGCACACGGACCGCCACCAUGCUGUGCGCCGCCAGCGGGAACCCCGACCCCGAGAUCUCCUGGCUGAAGGACUUCCUGCCCGUGGACAUCAACAGCAGCGACGGGCGGAUCAAGCAGCUCCGCUCAGGCGGCUCCCCCAUCCGAGGAGCGCUGCAGAUCGAGAACAGCGACGAAUCAGAUCAGGGGAAGUACGAGUGUGUGGCGACCAACAGCGCCGGGACUCGCUACUCCGCCCCGGCCAACCUCUACGUCCGAGUGCGCAGGGUCCCGCCUCGUUUCUCCAUCCCACCCAGCGACCAGGAGGUGAUGCCCAUGGGCAGCGCCAACCUCACCUGUGUGGCCGUGGGCGCCCCCAUGCCCCACGUGAAGUGGAUGAGGGGAGACGUGGAGCUGACCAAGGAAGAUCUGAUGCCCGUGGGCCGGAACGUUCUGGAACUCACCAACAUCAGCAAGUCGGACAACUACACGUGCGUGGCCAUGUCGCCCCUGGGCAUGAUCGAGGCCACCGCGCAGGUCAUCGUCAAAGCUCUCCCUAAACCCCCGGCGUCUCUGAUGGUAACGGAAACCACGGCAACCAGCAUCACCCUGAUCUGGGACUCUGGCAACCCCGAGCCCGUCUCCUACUACAUGAUCCAGUACCGGCCCAAGUCCUCGGACGGCAGCUUCCAGGAGGUGGACGGCGUGGCCACCACGCGCUACAGCAUCGGCGGCCUGAGCCCCUACUCCGAGUACGAGUUCCGCGUCAUGGCGGUCAACAACAUCGGCCGCGGGCCGCCCAGCGACGGCGUGGAGACCCGGACGAGCGAGCAGGCGCCGUCCUCGCCCCCGCUCCACGUCCAGGCCCGCAUGCUGAGCUCCAGCACCAUGCUGGUCCAGUGGGAGCCGCCGGAGGAACCGAACGGUCAGAUCAGAGGCUACCGCGUGUACUACAGCACCGAGCCGGACGCCCAGCUGAGCGCCUGGCAGAAGCACAACACGGACGACAGCAGGCUGACCACCAUCUCCGGACUCAUCACCGACGUCACCUACAGCCUCCGCGUCCUGGGCUUCACGUCUGUGGGAGACGGGCCGCCGUCCGAAGUCCUGCAGGUCAAAACUCAGCAGGGAGUGCCAGCGCAGCCGAGCGGGUUCGAGGCGGAAGCCGAGCUGGAUACCCAGAUCAUGCUGAAAUGGCUCUGGCCCGUGCAGGACCUCAUCACCCAGUACGAGCUGCAGUACUGGGAGGACGGGUCCCAUAACAAGCUCCACGUGACCUUUGACCCCGCCGGUUCGUACACGGUGGAAGGUCUGAAGCCCGACACGCUGUACAAGUUCUCCCUGGCGGCCCGUUCUGAGAUGGGUCUGGGCGUGUACACCAAACCCGUGGAGGCCAAAACUGCUCAGUCCACUCCCUCGGCCCCGCCCCAGGACGUCCGGCUGCUCAGUCUGAGCUCCACCAGCAUCAAGGUGAGUUGGGUGGCGCCGCCGGCGGCCAGCAGGCACGGCGCCAUCGUGCGCUACACCCUCAGCUACCAGGCGCCGAGCGGCGAGGACACCGAGCGCCACGAGGUGACGGACAUCAGCGCCGACGCCACCGCGCACCUGCUGGAGGGUUUGGGGAAGUGGACCGAGUACGUGGUGCGGGUCAGGGCCCACACGGACGUGGGUCCGGGGCCCGAGAGCGCGCCCGUACGCAUCAGAACCAACGAGGACGUGCCCGGCGCUCCUCCCCGGAAGCUGGAGGUGGAGGCGGUGAACUCCACGGCGAUCCGCGUGACCUGGAAGCCGCCGCUGUCGGGGAAGCAGCACGGUCAGAUCCGCGGCUACCAGGUGAUCUACUCGCGGCUGGAGAACGGAGAGCCGCGGGGGCAGCCCAGCAUCAUGGACGUGGCGCUUCCCGAGGCCCAGUGGAACAGUGACGAAUCCACCGAAUAUGAAACGAUCAUCUCCGGUCUGCUCUCGGAGACGUCGUACUCGGUCACCGUGGCGGCGUACACCACCAGAGGAGACGGCGCCCGCAGCAAAGCCAAGGUCAUCAAGACCACCGGCGCAGUUCCUGGCAAACCCACCAUGGUCAUCAGCACCACGGUGGGCAACACCGCCCUCGUCCAAUGGCAGCCCCCGAAAGAAACGUCGGGCGAGCUGAUUGGCUACCGGCUGCGCUACAGGCGCGCGGACGAGGGCGCGUUCACGGUGCACGAGCUGAGGAGGACGGACGACCACUUCACCGUCACCGGCCUCUUCAAGGGCGCCACCUACAGCUUCCAGCUGAGCGCCAGGAACCGCGCCGGCUACGGAGAGGAGCACGCCAAGGAGAUCAGCACGCAGGAGGACACGCCCAGCGGCUUCCCGCUCAACCUGAGCGUGAUCGGCCUGACCACCACCACCACCCGGCUCACCUGGGCCCCGCCCGCCCCGGCCGAGAGGAACGGGCGCAUCACGCAGUACCUGGUGGUGUACCGGGACAUCAACAGCCUGCAGAACAGCACCAACCGCACCGCCGACACCCACAUGACCCUGCACGAGCUCCGACCCGACACCACCUACGACAUCCGCGUCCAGGCCUUCACCAGCAAGGGGUCCGGCCCCAUGAGCCCCAGCAUCCAGAGCCGCACCAUGGCCACGUUGCCGGCGUUCGCCACAAGUUUCGCUGUUAAAACUGUAAUGAAAACUUCAGUCAUCCUGACCUGGGAGCUUCCGGAGAACUUCAGAGCCCAAGUUCCCUUUAAGAUCCUGUAUAACCAGCAGAGCGUGGAGGUCCCGGGCAGCUGGAAGAGGAAGCUGAUCACCGGACUGAAGCCCGACACCAACUACUCGUUCGUGCUGAUGAGUCGGGCCAACAGCGCCGGAGGGUUACAGCAGCAGGUCUCCAUCCGCACCGCCCCCGACCUCCUCAAGAUCAAACCCGUGCUCCUCGACACCGACCAGAUCAGCGACGGCAAGGUCACCAUCAACCUGCCCGAGGUGCCCACCGCCGCCCCCGUCAGGUGGUACUACAUCAUCAUUGUGCCCGGGUCAGUUGCGCGCGGGCGGGAGAACCCAGACGAGCUCGACCUGGAUCAGCUGCCGGAGUUCAGAGAGGAUCCCGUGGAGAGACGCCGGCGGCGGCGUUACUCGGAGCCCCUGAGGCCGUACAUCACGGCUAAGCUGGACGUGCUGCCCAGGAGCUUCACGCUGGGCGACCGCGAGACCUACGGCGGCUUCUACAACCGCCCGCUGCCGAGCGAGAAGCCGCACUACUGCUUCGUCAUGGCCGAGAUGAAGGAGCAGCACCUGCCCAGCGGCAACGACAAGCAGCGGAUGUUCUCCUCCAGCCCGUUCUCGGACCCGGUGCAGAUGCUGACCAGGAGCAUGACACAGAGCGCGGAAUCCCCCGAGAUGCUGUGGGUGAUGGGACCCGUCCUGGCCGUGGUUCUCAUCGUCAUCAUCGUCAUCGUCAUCAUUCUGUUCAAGAGGAAACGAGCGUCCCCACUGCCCAAAGACGACCACCUGAGCGGGGUGAAGGACUCGCUGCUGGCUAACGCCUCCGAUCCCGUCGAGAUGAGGAGGAUCAACUACCAAACUCCAGGAAUGCGGGAGCACCCGCCCAUCCCUGUGUUUGAUCUGGCUGACCACAUCGAGCGGCUCAAAGCGAACGACAACCUCAGGUUCUCCCAGGAGUACGAGUCCAUCGAUCCGGGUCAGCAGUUCACCUGGGAGCACUCCAACAUGGAGGUGAACAAGCCCAAGAACCGCUACGCUAACGUCAUCGCCUACGAUCACUCCCGGGUGGUCCUGACCUCUGUGGAUGCCGUUCCAGGUAGCGACUACACCAACGCCAACUACAUAGACGGGUACCGUAAGCAGAACGCCUACAUCGCCACGCAGGGUCCUCUGCCCGAGACUCUCUCUGAUUUCUGGAGGAUGGUGUGGGAGCAGAGGACCAACACCAUCGUCAUGAUGACCCGACUGGAGGAGAAAUCGCGGGUGAAGUGUGACCAGUACUGGCCGAUUCGAGGGACAGAAACGUACGGGAUGAUCCAGGUCACCAUGCUGGACACAGUAGAACUGGCCACGUACAGCGUGCGCACGUUCGCACUUUACAAGAACGGCUCCAGUGAGAAGCGAGAGGUGAGACAGUUACAGUUCAUGGCGUGGCCGGAUCACGGCGUGCCCGAGUACCCCACCCCCAUCCUGUCCUUCCUGCGCCGGGUCAAAGCGUGUAACCCUCCUGACGCCGGGCCCAUGGUGGUGCACUGCAGCGCCGGCGUGGGUCGCACCGGCUGCCUGAUCGUGAUCGACGCCAUGCUGGAGCGCAUGAAGCACGAGAAGACGGUGGACAUCUACGGCCACGUGACGUGCAUGCGCUCGCAGAGGAACUACAUGGUGCAGACGGAGGACCAGUACGUCUUCAUCCACGAGGCGCUGCUGGAGGCCGCCACCUGCGGCGUCACCGAGGUCCCCGCCCGAAACCUCGGCACGCACAUCCAGAAACUGAGCCAGCCGCCGCCCGGAGACACCGUCAGUGCCAUAGAGCUGGAGUUCAAGAGACUCGCCAACUCCAAAGCUCACACGUCACGCUUCAUCAGUGCCAACCUGCCGUGCAACAAGUUCAAGAACCGCCUGGUGAACAUCAUGCCCUUCGAGUCCACGCGGGUCUGCCUGCAGCCCAUCAGAGGGGUGGAGGGGUCGGACUACAUCAACGCCAGCUGCAUCGACGGAUACAGACAACAGAAAGCCUACGUGGCCACUCAGGGUCCACUGGCCGAGACCACGGAGGACUUCUGGCGCAUGCUGUGGGAGCACAACUCCACCAUCGUGGUGAUGCUGACCAAACUGCGCGAGAUGGGACGGGAGAAGUGUCAUCAGUACUGGCCGGCCGAGCGCUCCGCCCGUUACCAGUAUUUCGUGGUGGACCCCAUGGCUGAGUACAACAUGCCCCAGUACAUCCUCCGGGAGUUUAAAGUCACCGACGCCAGGGACGGUCAGUCGCGGACCAUCCGGCAGUUCCAGUUCACCGAUUGGCCGGAGCAGGGCGUGCCCAAGACGGGCGAGGGAUUCAUCGACUUCAUUGGCCAGGUGCACAAAACCAAGGAGCAGUUCGGCCAGGACGGACCGAUCACAGUGCACUGCAGUGCCGGCGUGGGCAGGACGGGCGUGUUUAUCACCCUCAGCAUCGUUUUGGAGAGGAUGAGAUACGAGGGCGUGGUGGAUCUGUUCCAGACAGUUAAAACACUGCGUACUCAGAGACCGGCCAUGGUUCAGACCGAGGACCAGUACCAGCUGUGUUACCGGGCGGCGCUCGAGUACCUGGGGAGCUUCGACCACUAUGCAACGUAACAGCGCUGGACUCCGGAUCCCGGGAACGAGAAGUCCAGCGUGUGGACGGGACCGCAGCGCGUCCAUCCGGCCGGCGCAGCCCCACACACACGACACUCGAUAUUUAUACUACACACUACAGCAGCUGAUCUACAGACUUCUACACACACGGAAAGCUACUGGUAGCGUUUUCUAAUCGUUCUGUUAUUAUAAAAAUUGAGUACGACACUUUUAUUUAGUUUUUAAUAAUUGUUUAACGUUUCGUCUUAACGCCCUGACGGCUCUUUAUUCCAGGUGUGUUUUUAUUUGAUUUCUCUCGUUUUUAGAGGUUAUUUUAGCACAAAGGGGGACGUUCCACGCAUCUCACGUACUAAUACACGAGAACCGCUGUUCUCAACGCUGCUGUCAGUUUUACUUCAUUACAAUAUUAUUAUAUUAUUGUUAUUAUUGUUAUUAUUAUUACCACGUUUUCUUUACGUUACUUGACGUGUAUUUUUUAUCGGUUCGGGUGAACUGGAACGUUUAUUUGAUUUUUGUUUGUAGAAUUUUUUAACAAAUCCGGGAAAACAAAACAAACUCUGCUAAUCACACGACGUGAAGAAGGACGUAGGCACGUGCUGAUGUUACACUUUAUGUUGCGAUGCUAAUACAGGAAUAUUAUGGUUGUAACUGUGAUUCGGUUGCUCUAAAUUGUCUUUGUAGUAGACUGAUGAAACCACUGCCAUCCGACUAAAGCCAGUAAGUAGUUUUAUGAAAAAAAAUAGUGGGUUAGAAAUCGUAAGGUUGCUAGUUCGAGUUCCCGCACACCUCGGCGGUUUAUUCACAACUGGGACGGAAUCAAAUCUAGACAGUUGUAGGUCGCUUCAAAUAAUCUGAGCUCACACAAGAUGAAUGACUGGAUUCGUUCGUUAAAAUAAUCGUCAGGUUUAAUUACCAUUAUGACACGUAAUUAAUAAAGCUUAAAUAAUGCAAGGGUGGCAUGGUGGUGCAGCGAGUAGCACUGUCACUUAUGUUCUCCAUGUUUGUGUAUGGGUUUUCCUUCGGGUGCUCCGGUUUCGUCCUACAAUUCCAAAGACAGGCAGUCAGGCCAAUUGGAGCUACUAGAAAGUGCCCUAAGUGUGUGUGCGUGUUUGUGCCUUAUGACGGACAAGCGACAUGUCCGGGGUGUUUCUUGCCUUUCUGCCCACUGAAUUAGACCCACAGCGACCCUGACCGGGAUAAAUCUGUAGUAAAACAGACAACGAAUGUCAGCGUUGUUAAAACUGCCAUCAUGCCAAGAAAUAAAUAAUAGCUUUGAGUGUAAUAGAUAAUCAGUCAUGCAGGGCGCCAGAGUAAUGCCAUCUUAGCACCUGUGGAAUAGUGCAGUUACCCAAAAUCAUGCCAGUAUAUAGGUUGGCUACACUAUUUGCCCCUUAGGUGCAUGUGAAUGAGUGUGUAAUGCCUUAACGUGAUGCCCUGUGUACACCUGGAUGCAGAAUAUCUGAUAUCUAAAGGCUGUGUAUUAAUACUAGUCGAUUGGAUUAGCUUAUAGCGUAUCCUGGACAGGUAUUCAUGCACUGCAUGUAUAAAUAUUACAGUAUAGUGUGUAAUUAUCAGCACGUGCCUAAUGGAUAUAAUUAUAGCAAAUUGACUAACAAUAAUGAGCAGAAUUCAGAGUGUUUGGAUCCUGAUCCUGACUCUUCAUCUCUGUUGGGUUAUGUACAGUAUUAACCACUCCACAACUGACCUUUUUAUACAGAAAUAUAGAUCUAUCUGCAUAUAAAUAACAGAAAUUAUAAAUAUUAUUAUUAUUCAUAUAAUAUAUAAAUAUAUACAAACAGCUCUGGAUUUAUCGUCGACCGUUCUCGGGACAUCAUGCCGUGCCACCACAGAGGGACUGCCGGGUGUGAUUGUGUAUUAAUGCUACGAAUGAAUAGCUACUGUAUUAACCUUAACACACACACUCGAGAGUGUGUGAGGGUGUGUGUUCUCUGAUUAAGCACAGCACAGAGGCCUGAUUAUAACCACACGUCACGACGGCCCAAAUUCUUUUUACCUUGUGAAUGGUUCGUGCUGUAAGGGUUCACAUCUGUUGUAUACGCACUCUGUUUUCUAUCUGUUCAUAAAGAAAAACUGGAAUUCCGAUUGUUGGGGAAAAGCUUCAUGUUAAUAAAGAAUAAUUGUUUGGGGAGUUUUUGUAUGAAA